CCGUUACUUUGAAAUUCUCCGCCUCAGCAGAUUCCCUCUCUUCUAUUAAAUCUUUCUUUUCUUUAAUCGCCUUUUUCUCUUCCUUCCUUUCUCAAGCGAAGAAUCUCUUUCUCUCUUCGAUCACUUCCCUUCCCUUUCUCUUCGUCAGAUUCUUUAUUUUUCUCUUUCGUGUACUUUUUAAUUAGCGAUGCCUAUUGUCUUGCCUUGUUCAUUCUGCCUCUCUUCUCUUCUUUUCGUUUCUCAUCAUAUCUUCUUGCGUUUCAUUCUCUCCCUUUCUAGUUUCUACAUCGCCUUGCUUCUCUUUCAAUCUCAUGCCUCCUCCUAAUUCAGGUGUCCACCAUAUUUCUAAUCCUUGCAUUUAUGGAGACUUUGUUUCUUCGUACGCAGAGAGAAAGUCUCGGUUUAUGAAGUGGCUGGGUAAGCUUUUUAAAAGUGGGUCUAAUCGUGGAGGUGCUCGUGGUGGAAUUGGCGGCCGCGCACAUCCACAGCUUUUAGGGGAAGAAAACGUAGUUUGGAGUGCACCAGCAAGAUCUGUGGAUGAUCGUUCUAGAACUGGGAAGGAGCGGGGGGAUGCCAUUGCACUUGCUAUGGCUGAAGAUUGGAAGCAACCAAGUGGAUGUAAUCGGGGAACAAAUGAUCAAGAUCUAGCAAGAUCGCUUCAGGAUACCCUUAAUUCAUCUUCAUUUCCUUCAUAUGGCACUCCACAAUAUUGUCACAGGAAUUUGAGGUUAUGUAGCGGCUGCCAACGUGACAUUGGCUAUGACAAUUAUUUGGGAUGCAUGGGAAAAUUUUUUCAUCCAGAGUGCUUUUGCUGUCGUUCUUGUGGUUACCCAAUCACUGAGACCGAGUUUUCUUUGUCAGGGAAGGAUCCAUAUCACAAGUCUUGUUUCAAAGAGAUGACUCAUCCCAAAUGUGAAGUCUGCCACCAAUUUAUCCCUACAAACGCAGCUGGUUUGAUUGAGUAUAGGUGCCAUCCAUUUUGGUCCCAAAAGUAUUGUCCAUCACAUGAGCAUGACAACACAGCUCGAUGCUGCAGUUGUGAACGUCUGGAGUCUAGGGAUGCUAGAUACUAUUCUUUGGAAGAUGGCCGCAGAUUGUGUUUAGAAUGCAUGGAAUCGGCUAUCAUGGAUACUGGUGAUUGCCAACCCCUUUACCACGCCAUCAGGGACUAUUAUGAAGGAAUGCAUAUGAAACUGGACCAGCAAAUUCCCAUGCUUCUAGUUCAAAGACAGGCACUCAAUGAAGCCAUUUUUGGAGAGAAGAAUGGCUACCACCAUAUGCCCGAGACAAGGGGUCUAUGUCUCUCAGAAGAGCAGACUGUCGCUAGUAUUCAAAAGAGACCAAGAAUUGGAGGCCACCGACUGGUAGGAAUGAGAACCGAACCCCGAAAGCUGACUCGGAAAUGUGAAGUUACAGCUAUUCUUGUUCUUUAUGGUCUUCCAAGACUGCUAACGGGUGCUAUUCUUGCUCACGAGUUGAUGCAUGGGUGGUUACGCCUCAAAGGAUACCGCAAUCUUAAUCCUGAGGUAGAGGAAGGAAUCUGUCAAGUGCUCUCAUACAUGUGGCUCGAAUCAGAAUUGCCCGGAUCUAAAGACAUGCCAUCCACAUCCACAUCCACAUCCACAUCAGCAGCUUCCUCUUCCUCUUCCUCAUCCUCUUCCUCAUCCUCUUCGAAGAAGGGCGGGAAGUCCCAAGUAGAAAAAAAACUGGGUGAUUUUUUCAUGCAUCAAAUCGCCCAUGAUGCCACUCCAGCUUAUGGGGAAGGAUUCAGGUCCGCUAAUGCUGCUGUCAGCAAGUAUGGUUUACGUCGCACCCUGGACCACAUACGCCUUACUGGCAAUUUCCCAUUAUAAUUCUAAAGCUCACGUAUGCUUCUUUUCUUUUCCUUAGUCCCCUAUGAUCACACUGUUUUGCUGCUCCUCAAGUAGGAUUGAGCUCAUAACAGAAGAUUGGACAGCUCCCCCUUAAUUUUCACGGGGUCCAGGGACGUUGCGUGUCCCACAAAAAAUAUAUUCCGAGUUCAAUAAAUAAUCGUAUCCUAUUCUUAUCA